UAUCUAGACAGUUCCUUAAUACACGCACAACUUGAAAUCGCGAUGCAAAAAAUGUGUCUUGACUAGAAGAACUCAUUAGGGGAACCGUCUUGAUACGGCUCUGGACAACGAUCCCGCGAUUUGGACUUUUGGAUUGUCGUGUAGAGAUCGCUUCUGAUGCUGAGGAAUGUAUGAACAUGUUUUACGAGUGAUUAAUGCCCAAGCACAGGUUAUUCAGCCGGAGCCAGCGAAAUUCGUUAGUAAACAUGCAACCGCGACAUUAUCGUGAGUGAUCAUCGUUAUAACGCCUGAUUAUAAUGGCAGAGAACCUGUCAAAACGGCCUUCCAAGGGAAUUCUCAAGACAUCCAGCAGUUUUGAUAAUCCAGAAGCGCCUAGACCAAAUAAAGAAACAACAUGGGACGAAAUGAAUAUUAUUGCUACUCUUCAUCCUGCUGACAAGGAUUAUGGUCAUAUGAAGAUCGAAGAACCAAAAACCCCAUACAACUUUGAAGGCCUUCAAAAUGAACAUGAAUUUGAUCAAUUAGAUGCUAGCACUAUUGCAGCAAAAUUAGCUGGAAGUAGCAAACCCAAAAUUUUUGAAGAAUCUAGCGAAGAAGAGGAGGAUGAAGAAACUCCUGAAGAAAAAGAAAGGAGGAAAGCUUUUGAGGCAAAAAGAAAAGGCCACUAUCGAGAAUGGCAUGCCGUACAAAUGGCAAGACGACUUUUAGAACAAGAUGAAUUAGAAGAAGAAGAUGAUGAUGGCGGUAAAAAUAACGAAGAAAAUUCGUCAGAGGAAGAGGAAAGUGAUUUUGACACCCGCUUCAAAUGCAUGCCGUCCUGUGAUAGAAAUGAAAAAAAAUAAACAAAACGUAUUGAUUAGUAAUUUUAUUUUUAAAUCGCCCAUUACUAUAAUUUUGUGGCAAUGUCUGCUUUAUCAUUUAAUGCUAUUGUGAAAUGUUUGUUAAAAUGUUUGUUAUACAUUUAAAUAUCCAAACACAUACAUACACACUCAAUCUUGAAUUUAAUCCUGUGUAUAUAGCUGUAACAGCUUUGCCCUCUGUAAAUAAACAUUUUAAAAAACUUGAAUGUUUAUAGAGUAAUCUAUUGUUAGAUUUUUUCAAGAUUAUAGAUAAAAUAAUAUUGUAUAAUCACAAAUUUUUUUCUUUUUUUGGUUUUAGUUACUAAUUUAACUCAAAAAUACUUAUUAAACUGUACACAAAACUCUCGUCGCAUUAAAUCAUUUAGAUUUAUAUAGACAGCGAUUUGUAAAAGCUUCGCUUGUUGUUUUGCAUGUUAUUACGGAAGAGGCCUAUCUUUUGUUAUUUUACAGAGUUGAUUUUAACAAUGUUCUUAAAAUUUAAUAUCUCUGAAGAAAUUUGCAGAGGGGGUUCUCUCUUAAUCAUUGUAUCAAAAUUCGACGAACAAUAAGGCUGAACAAAGCGUUCUCAAUAUAUAGCGAAAAUUUAAGAUGCCAUAUGUAAUUUUUACAGUCAAAAAAUUGUGUACCUAAAAUGUUAGGAUACAUAUGUAAUGCAAGUCCUGUGAUUAGCAUAGGAGUAUACUAUGUAACAUUCGAAUGUAUGAUCUCGAACUUUCGUUUUUUCUCGUAAUGCUUGAUUUUACUUUCCAAACUCUCUAUAAAAGAAAAUGAAUAUAGAUUAUAUACAUCGACAUGUAAUGAAAUUAUCAAUUUGUGUAACAUGUAUUUAUCAAUUAAGUGAACUAUUUAAUCUGGAUCUGUCCAAGUUUAUUUGAGCUCAUGUAUUUAAUCUCCUCUUUAUUCUCAUAUACCACACUCUAUACUCUUUCUCUUAUAUUCCACUUUAUAUUCCUCAACCAUUUGUGCCGUCAUUAUUUUUUCAAGCAAUUUUUUCAAAUCACACAACACGAGGAUACAACGAAUACAUGUCUAUAUAAUUUGGGUCUUCCCUUUUUCUCUCUUUCUCUUAUAUUUUCUAUGUCUUAUUAAGAUUAUUCUAUUCAGUAGCAUAAGCAAGAAAAACUAUUUUACUCAUGAAUCAAAACUUGGACAGGCUUAAUUUAGUAAGUUGUAUAUUGUUGAUAGAAUACGUAUUUAAAAAAAUUUCGGAUGUAGAAUACGUCCAAACGCGGUGACGUUAUGUUUAAUAUCAUAAAAAAAGUAAAGAAUUAAAUAUAUUCAAUAUUAUCAAAAUUUUGAAUGUCUGUAUAUUAUAUAAUGGAAUAAAGCAUAUUAUAUAUACUA